CGCCAUUUUGGCCCCAGAGGUGUUUCUGGGAAGUAGAUCGCCGAGCCGCACGCCUGCUGGCCUGCCGGGUGCGGCUUCUUGUGUCGCGGCAUUUAGUGUUUGCGACUGCUGCUGCUGCGGUUUUAUUCUCCUCAUCCUCGAAACCCUCUAGUCGAGCGGGAGCCUCUGAGCACUGGGCCGCGCCAUUGGGGUUCACACCGCCAGGAAGGAGGUGACGGGGGCGGCGCGGGGCGCGGACACUCCCCGCCGAGAGCCCGCCUGCCAUGGAUUCGGAAUAUUACAGCGGCGACCAGUCAGCAGAUGAUGGUGGCGCUACCCCAGUACAGGAUGAACGGGAUUCAGGGUCAGACGUUGAGGAUGAUGUAAAUGAGCAACACUCUGGAUCAGACACUGGAAGUGUAGAACGUCAUUCAGAGAAUGAACCUAGUGAUCGAGAGGAUGGCCUCAACAAAAGACAUCAUGUGACGGAUUCUGAGAAUGAUGACCCCUCAAACCUUAAUGCCAGUGACUCUGAAAGUGAGGAGCUUCAAAGGCAAAAGGACAGUGACUCUGAAUCUGAGGAGCAUGCAGAGCCUGUUGCAAGUGAUUCUGAAAAUGAGGACACUCAUCAGCGUGCGAGUGACUCUGAGAGCGAGGAGACCAGGAAGCUACCUGUCAGUGAUUCGGAAAAUGAGGACCUUCUUAAUGGGCACGCAACUGAUUCAGAAAAUGAAGAUGUUAGAAAGCAUCCUGCCAGUGAUUCAGAGAUGGAAGAGCUCCCCAAAAGUCCUGCUAGUGACUCUGAAACAGAGGAUGUUCUAAAACCUCAAAUCAGUGACUCCGAGAGUGAGGAGCCCCCACAGCACCAGGCCAGUGAUUCCGAAAACGAGGAGCUUCCCAAGCCUAGAAUUAGUGAUUCGGAAAGUGAGGAGCUUCCUAAGCCUCGGGUCAGUGACUCGGAGAGUGAGGAGCCUCAGAGGACUCAGGCCAGCGACUCGGAAAAUGAGGAGCUUCCCAAACCCCGUGUCAGUGACUCAGAAAGUGAGGACCCACCACGGCACCAAGCCAGCGACUCAGAAAAUGAGGAGCUUCCCAAGCCCCGUGUCAGUGACUCGGAAAGUGAGGGACCCCCACGGCACCAAGCCAGCGACUCAGAAAAUGAGGAGCUUCCCAAACCCCGUGUCAGUGAUUCGGAAAGUGAGGACCCCCCAAGGAACCAGGCCAGUGAUUCAGAAAAUGAGGAUCUUCCCAAGCCCCGAGUCAGUGACUCUGAGAGCGAGGAGCCUCAGAAGGGACCCGCCAGUGAUUCCGAAACUGAGGAUACCUCCAGGCACAAAGAGAAGCCAGAGUCGGACGAGGACAGCGAUGGGGAGAACAAGGGAGAGGAUGCAGAAAUGCAGAAGGACUCCUUUCGUUCAGAUAGCCAUAUAGACAGAAAAAGGAUCCAGAGUUCAGACAGUGAGGAGGAGGAACCCAAAAGGCCAAAAAUUGACAGUGACGAAGAUGAAGAAAAAGUCGGGGAAGAGGAGAAAGUAGCAAAGCGAAAAGCUGCUGUGCUUUCUGACAGUGAAGAUGAAGAGAAAGCAUCAGCAAAGAAGAGUCGGGUUGUCUCUGAUGCAGAUGACUCUGACAGUGAUGUUGUAUCAGAUAAACCAGGCAAGAGAGAGAAGACUCUAGCUUCUGACAGUGAAGAAGAAGCAGGAAAAGAAGAAUUGUCUGAUAAGAAGAACGAAGAGAAGGAUCUGUUUGGGAGUGAUAGUGAGUCGGGGAACGAAGAAGAAAAUCUUAUUGCAGACAUAUUUGGAGAAUCUGGUGAUGAAGAGGAAGAAGAAUUUACAGGUUUUAACCAAGAAGAUUUGGAAGAGGAAAAAAGUGAAACCCAGGUAAAAGAAGCAGAAGAUUCAGAUUCUGAUGAUAACAUAAAGAGAGGAAAACAUAUGGACUUUCUGUCGGAUUUCGAGAUGAUGUUGCAGCGGAAGAAGAGCAUGAGCGGCAAGCGCAGACGGAAUCGUGAUGGCGGUACUUUCAUCAGUGACGCCGAUGACGUAGUGAGUGCCAUGAUCGUCAAGAUGAAUGAAGCUGCCGAGGAAGACAGACAGUUGAACAAUCAAAAAAAGCCAGCACUGAAAAAAUUAACAUUAUUGCCGACUGUGGUCAUGCACCUUAAGAAGCAAGACCUUAAAGAAACAUUUAUUGACAGUGGUGUGAUGUCUGCCAUCAAAGAAUGGCUCUCCCCUCUACCGGAUAGGAGUUUGCCAGCACUAAAGAUACGAGAGGAGCUGUUGAAGAUUCUACAAGAGCUACCUAGUGUGAGCCAGGAGACCCUGAAGCAUAGUGGGAUUGGACGAGCAGUGAUGUAUCUCUAUAAACACCCCAAGGAAUCAAGGUCCAACAAGGAUAUGGCAGGGAAAUUAAUCAAUGAAUGGUCUCGGCCUAUAUUUGGUCUUACCUCAAACUACAAAGGUAUGACAAGAGAAGAAAGAGAGCAGAGAGAUCUAGAACAAAUGCCUCAACGACGGAGAAUGAACAGCACUGGUGGCCAGACACCCCGAAGAGACCUGGAAAAGGUGCUGACAGGAGAAGAAAAAGCUCUCAGACCUGGAGAUCCUGGAUUCUGUGCCCGUGCGAGGGUCCCCAUGCCCUCAAACAAGGACUACGUUGUCAGACCUAAGUGGAAUGUGGAAAUGGAGUCAUCCAGGGUGACUUUCCUUGCCUCAGAAGAUCAGUCAUUCUUCAUGCCGGCACUGUUUGAAGUUUCAGGGGACCUCCAAGAAGGGUAUCAGUCGACUGGAUAAACAGAUGAGAAAGUUCACAGAUAUCAGGAAAAAAAGCAGAUCUGCACACGCAGUGAAAAUCAGCAUCGAGGGCAAUAAAAUGCCAUUGUGACCUUGCCUGGGAUGUGUCCCCAUCUCUAAGAAAUGCGCAAUGGACUCUUUGGAGAAAGAAGAGGAUAUUUUAAAUUUUUUUUUUUUAGUGUUUCUGUAAAUGCUUCUGCUUGUAUCAAAUGUCAUAGGACUUGCAUUUCUCUCACUUGUAUUUAAAACUGUUUGUUGUGUACUUUGUACAGAAGACUACUACUCAUACUUCUAUAAACUUUACACAAUAAAGUUCCAUUCUGGUUUUGGGGGGCUGUCUCUUCAUUGUCUUAGAGGAUCCAUUCGUGGGGGGGGGUGAAAAUUGGUUUUUGGUGAGGGAAAAAAGUCUUAAAUAUUACAGUGGUUUGUAAACUGUCCGUGUUCAGCCUACCUGACUGUGGCAUAAUAAGGAAUUUAAGGGAUUUGUCUGGUCUCUAUCUUGGGUUCCUAACAAGGAGCUUCUAAACCGUGUGGGUGGUAGGAAUGUCUUUGUGAUGCUAAUGAGGUGGCUCAUGGUAGGCCCCUAGAUAGCUUUAGGGUGGGGGCUGUUACCAGAAAGAUCCACCAUGUAAUUUGAGGGUUGAGACUUUGGGCAGGCCUGAUGCAUGAUUGGCGUGAGGGGAUUGAGUCCAGUCACGUGCCCAAUGAUGUCAUCGAUCAUGCCUGCGUAGUGAAACCCCAGUUAAGAACUCUUGACCCGGAAGCUCACUGGGGCUUCCUGAUGGGUGAGCACACUGAGCUGAGAUGGUGAUGUGCCUUCAUUCCACAAGGAGAUUGUGUGGAAGCUGUCUCCUCCCAGAACUUGCCCUGUGUGUCUUCAUUUCGUUGGUCUUCCUUUGUAAUAAAAAUGAUCAUAAACAUA